CGCUAUCCCUUGGUGGACAUAAACGAGAGGGUAGCAACAACACGACUAUUUUGCUCCUUUUUUUCCCUUUUUUUUUUUCCUUUUUAACAUUCGGAAGACACGAGAGGGGGAAGUGCGCCCACCGUGUUGCGGGUGUAUGUGCGUGCGCGUGUGGGAUCACGAUGAUGCAAAGUGCAGCGGUCCUUCCCACUGAGAGUCCCGUUAAGAGUUUACCGGACAUCCUGGGAGUGCCACUGCAACAGAUCCCUCAGUGUGCGGGCUGCAGUCAGCACAUCGUGGACAAGUUCAUCCUGAAGGUCCUGGACCGGCACUGGCACUCCAAGUGCCUCAAGUGCGCCGACUGCCACACGCCGCUGGCCGACAAGUGUUUCUCCAGGGCCGGCAGCGUCUACUGCAAGGAGGAUUUCUUCAAGCGCUUCGGAACAAAAUGUGCAUCGUGCCAACAGGGGAUCCCUCCCACGCAGGUGGUGCGGAAGGCGCAGGACUUUGUGUACCACCUGCACUGCUUCGCCUGCAUCAUGUGCAGCAGGCAGCUGGCCACCGGGGAUGAGUUCUACCUCAUGGAAGACGGCAGGCUGGUGUGCAAGGUGGACUACGAGACGGCAAAACAGAACGAUGAUUCCGAGGCGGGGACCAAGCGACCGAGGACCACCAUCACGGCCAAGCAGCUGGAGACCCUCAAAAGUGCCUACAAGAACUCCCCCAAGCCGGCACGACACGUCAGGGAGCAGCUUUCCUCUGAGACGGGCCUCGACAUGCGAGUCGUGCAGGUUUGGUUCCAGAACCGCCGAGCGAAGGAAAAGCGUCUCAAAAAAGAUGCAGGCCGCCAUCGAUGGACUCAGUUUUACAAAAGUGUCAAACGUAGCCGAGGAGGGCCAAAGGUGGAGAAGGAGAGCUCGGCGGAUGACGCAGGCCUCAGUGACAGCGAGCUGAGCUUCAGAGACGACCAGGUGCUGUCAGACCUGGGCCACGGCAACGGACUCUACGGGAGUGUGGGCGACAUGACGAGCGGCGCCGUGCUGAACGGCGGCUUCUCGGUGGACGCGGCGAGCCAACCGUACCACGACAUCCGCGCCGGAAGCCCCUACGGCCUCCCGCAGUCCCCUUCCUCCAUCGCCUCCCUGCCCGGCCACACCCCCCUCCUCAACAACCUAGCCUUCACCAUGGACGCUCUGGGGGCGCAGGGCGGGCCGGGCGGCGUGGGCCAGGCUCUGAGGGCCAUGGCGGGCGGCCCGACCUCAGACCUGUCCACGGGUAGCAGUACGGGCUACCCUGACUUCCCCACCAGUCCCGUGUCCUGGCUGGACGAGAUGGACCAGUCCCAGUUCUGAGGACAAAAGGCACGCAAGACUUUUUGUUUCCAUCACGCCAGCAGUUUUGGAAAGCCGUUGGAGCAUUUAGUCGAUCUCCAACUUAGGGUCCAUGUACAGUACUGGUACACUCUUGGUCCUCACGAAGACAAUUCAGUGCACCAGUACAAUGACCGUGUCUUACUAGUAACGCCUCUUCUGCUACCGGUGCCACUGAUUGCCCUGUAGAACAAACUAAACCUUAAUCGUCAUCCACUGUGCUACACUAGUACACUACUAGUUGGUAUGCAAUAGGAGCCUCCAUGACCCUACUCAUAGCCCACUUGUGGUUUUGCUUUACGAGUAAUAUAAAGUUUUCCAACUGGUAUGUCAAAGUUGCAGAGAUCUCAUACAGUAUUAGAUUAUAUGUUACUAGUAAAACACAGUCUUUCUAAUAGUUGUUGUACUAGUGUGCUGAAUUGUCUUACAAGUAAGGACAAAGAGUGGACUCGAACAUGAAGCCAAAUAUUGUACACACUAGUAGAAUGACUGUGUCUUAUGAAUAACUUUUCUUCCAUAACUGCUGCAACUUUUGGCCUGCAUGUUAACAAUUAGUUGUUACUACUAAACUACUAGUAGUAGCGGCACUAGGAAAACUAGAAGGCCCAAGUAUUUGGCAUGUGUCAUAAUAUAUCCUUGAUUCUAGCUUAAGGUCCAUGUCCUAGUGCGUUUUUUUUUUUGUCUUCACUACAUGUUACUAAUGAGGCAAAACUGCGCACUAGUUGACAACUGCAUGCUUAAGCACAGUCUUGCUUUAUUGGUAACACGUAGUUGUCCUACAAGUAAGCAGAAAUGACAUACAGAAGUAAAAAAAUACAUUGAACUAGUGUGGCACAGUCUCUCUUUUAAUAGGCUGCAUUUUUUUACUAGUGAAGACAAAGAGUGUACUAGUACGUGGACUUUGCGCUGGAUAUUCUCAAUAAAGUUCCAUGUACUAGUGGUGACACUACACCUCACUAGUAGUAGUAGUCAUAUUCUUACUAGCAACAUUUUUCCACGACUACUGCUACUUUUAAGAACCAGCUCGUAGAUCCAACUAGUAUCCAGCUCAGGUUCAUGUACUAGCACAUAGUUUUUCCUCGUCGGAGACCUUAAAAAAAAAGUGCAGUAGUGGACAAAUGCGUGCUACUAGUACUACAAGUGGCAUUAUAAAAUUCAACUGGUUAAUAUCCAACGAGUAGUCCUAGUCGAGUGCAAAUGUCACCUGAAGCAGAAUUUUGCCUCGUUGUUGGAGACUUGUAG